AGGGAUGGGCGGGUACUUAGUCGCCAAAAGUGACCUCUUCCAUCUUCAUUAAAGUAAGAAAAUAGCCCUAGCUCCUCCCAGCGAUGGCGUAUGUCGAUCACUCUUUCUCCAUCUCCGAGGAUCCCACCGGCACAUUCAUCAUCAACAACAAGCCGCCAGUGAAGGAGAUCGCGUUGUCCGUGGCGCUUCUGGCUCUGGGCGCCAUUGGCAUGGUGAUCGGGAUCUUCAUGAUCUACAACAAGAUCGGAGGUGACUCGGGACACGGCGUGGCAUUUACGAUCCUCGGAGCUUUGCUCUUCUUGCCGGGGUUCUACUAUACCAGAAUCGCUUACUACGCUUACAAGGGCUACAAGGGUUUCUCCUUCGCGACGAUCCCAGCAGUGUAGAGGGAAGAUAGAAGGUUUCCAGAAUUUUUUUCCCUUUUUUUUGUAUGAUACUCACUGGUCUCGAUCGAUACAUUGAUUGUAUUAAUCUACACCUCGUGUUUUUUUUUCUU